AUGCAAAAAAUUCGAAUACCUGGAAGCACGCAGUUGAACGCUGAGCAAACAGAACAGGAGAAGAACGAGGACAUUCCAGAAGAUAUUCAUCAGUUUUAUGGCAAAUUAGAGGGCGAAGAAGACGACGACGAUGAGGCUAUUCAAAACUUACAACUGCUUACUUUUGAGAUCAAGCAAGAAUCAAUUGAAAUCGUACAGAAACGAUGCAUCGAAUUGGAGUAUCCGUUGCUGGCCGAAUACGAUUUUCGUAAUGAUACAUUCAACCUAAAUCUUGGCAUUGAUCUCAAACCAUCCACAACACUAAGGUGA